AUGAGCUUUGAUAAGGUUAAGUCGAAGUCCCAUGAAAAGAAAAUGGAAGAAUGGCUUUCGGUGGUUAGCAUGAAGGUAGAGGACCUGAACAAGCUGGUUCUUGACUACCUGGUAUAUGAGGGACUGGGGAAUGUGGCUGCUGAAUUUGCAAAUGAUGUUGGGAUGCCCUUUGUUAUGUCUUCAUUUCUGAGCCACCGGACCAGGAUAAGGAGUGCAAUUGAGGAAGGGAAUAUUGACGUGGCGAUAUCGAGAAUCAAUGAUCUGAACUCCGAGAUAAUAGACGGCAGAAUUGAGCUUUAUUAUUUCCUCAUGGAGCAGAAGGCUUGUGAGCAGGCACAGGCUAUAAGAAAUGACGGUGCAAGCAUGGAAGAACAGAAGCUAUUUAUUCUUCUUGAGGAAGUCCUUGAGUUUGUGCGCUCAGAGCUCUCGCUGAUUGUUGAAGAGAACCCGUCGCUAGGGCCGCACUUUGAAGACUUCCUUGAGUUUGUGGUGUUCAACUCCAGAAAGGAGGCGGUGAUUGAGAGGAGAAGAAGAUUGGCCGAGUAUGUCAACCGGUGCAUACUGGAGAAGUAUGAAGUGACGGAGAACGAGCUAAAGAAAGUGCUUGACGGGAUAGUGAGCGGGGAGAAGCUGCUGACUGGGAAGUACAAGUUCCCCACGUUCAACGAGUCGUUUGUGUGA